CGCCGCCGCGGCCGCUCGCCUGCCUGUCCGCAACGCGCACGGACGCGAACAGCGCGGACGCUCUGUCGGCUUUCGAGCUUUCGAACCGCGCGACCACCACUUGACUAGUGCCAAACCUUCAGAUGUUGCGAUGUAACCGCCUACCGUAACCCAACCGUACUUAUGACAAGAUACAAUAAAACAAUUGUGAUGAUCAAAUGAAGGCGUCCAAAAUCGAAUUAGUUAAAGAUUUAACGUAGCUUAGUUAGCAUAUAUGCGAGACAGAGUUACUCGAUAGUUGUAGCUAUGACGUGCGCGGCGUUCAGCUGCGUUUGGACUAAAGAGGUAUAGGCGACAUGGCGGCGGUCGCCGGAUUGUACGGUCUGGGCGAUGAGCAGCGGGGCAGACACCGGCGUGGCCAAGCCAACGCCGAGCGCUCCGAGUCCCGGGAUGAUAACACCGAGGCGUCGCUGCCAAAACUAUACAACCAAGAAGAAGAGCAAGGCAAGCCGCCGCAAGGCGGUGUUGUCACCUUUGAGCCGAUACAGCAUGAUCAUGACUUUUGCGAGAGAGUCGUGAUCAAUGUAAGCGGCCUUAGAUUCGAGACACAACUUAGGACUUUAAACCAAUUCCCGGAGACACUCUUGGGCGAUCCAUCGCGCAGGAUAAGAUACUUCGACCCCCUUAGGAACGAGUACUUCUUUGACAGAAACAGACCGUCUUUCGACGCUAUCCUCUACUACUACCAGAGUGGCGGGCGGUUACGUCGCCCCGUCAACGUACCACUCGAUGUUUUCUCGGAAGAAAUUAAAUUUUACGAACUUGGUGAACAGGCAACCAACAAAUUCCGCGAGGAUGAGGGUUUCAUCAAGGAGGAGGAAAAGCCUCUCCCCUCAAACGAACGCCAACGCAAAAUCUGGCUGCUCUUCGAAUACCCUGAGAGCUCUCAAGCUGCCCGCGUCGUUGCCAUUAUUUCCGUCUUCGUCAUCCUCCUGUCCAUCGUCAUCUUCUGCCUCGAGACUUUGCCCGAAUUCAAACACUACAAAGUCUACAACACCACCACAAAUGGCACCAAAAUCGAAGAAGAUGAAGUACCGGAUAUUACUGAUCCAUUUUUCUUAAUAGAAACUUUGUGUAUCAUCUGGUUUACCUUCGAGUUGAUAGUGCGAUUUUUAGCAUGUCCGAACAAAUUCAACUUCUUCAGAGACGUGAUGAACAUAAUAGAUAUUAUAGCUAUUAUUCCCUACUUCAUCACGCUUGCUACCGUCGUUGCUGAAGAAGAGGACACGCUGAAUCUACCGCGCGCUCCGGUCUCGCCGCAAGACAAGUCAACGAAUCAGGCAAUGAGCUUAGCAAUCCUGAGAGUGAUUCGUCUCGUUCGAGUCUUUCGGAUCUUCAAGCUAUCACGUCAUUCCAAGGGUCUGCAAAUUUUAGGACGCACCCUCAAAGCUUCUAUGCGAGAACUUGGAUUGUUAAUAUUCUUCCUCUUCAUUGGUGUGGUGCUGUUUUCGUCUGCGGUGUACUUCGCGGAAGCGGGAAGCGAAAAUAGCUUCUUCAAAUCGAUACCUGAUGCGUUUUGGUGGGCGGUCGUUACCAUGACGACCGUAGGAUACGGAGACAUGACGCCUGUCGGUGUGUGGGGCAAGAUCGUGGGGUCGCUGUGCGCGAUCGCUGGUGUGCUUACGAUCGCGCUGCCGGUGCCCGUCAUCGUGUCCAACUUCAACUACUUCUAUCACCGCGAAACGGAUCAGGAGGAGAUGCAAUCACAGAACUUCAAUCAUGUGACUAGUUGUCCAUAUCUACCAGGCACCAUGGGUGAACCAUAUUUAGUUUCAGGACCAAUCAAGAAGACAUCUGUCAGCGAUGACUCCUCCUCCGAUAUGAUGGAGUUUGAUGAAUCAGCCCUCGUAACCGAUCCACACCUAGAGACCAACUUACGUCGGUUACGGGAGGAAGAACGGUUGCUUUUAGAACAGCAGGCAGCUAUGGAGGCGGCAGGCAACUGCGACGACAUCGCCACACUAGAACAUCUGGAUGCUCUGCGUCUCAACCAGAUGAAACAGCAUGAACUGAUGAAACAACAAGCUGCGUUGGCAAAACGCAACGCUCGCGCUCUUGCGGCGGACAACGCGCGCCGUGACCCGCGCCGGCGGGCGCCGUGCAAUGUGCGCGUGAACCAUCUCCACUGCGCUAGUGGCACGGACUCCAUCGAAACAGACGUCUGACCAACGGGUAAGGCGAGCGAGCCAGGCGUGUGGCGCGGCCGCCUGCCGGCGCGCUCGCCGCCCGCGUGCCACGUCUGAACUCGUCGCCACGGACUUUGUGCUUCUACGACAAUUACUUAGAAAAGUAGUCUCCGAUGUUAUUAUCUAUUAGUCUACGCUUGUACCAUAUGAGACCAGAUUUAGUAAUAGUUUGGUUUAUUCCCAUCUUUAAUAUUGUCCAUCUGGGGAUGUGCGGCUUUUUUACUUCCUUCUGGUAUCUGAUAUAGCUAUCAUAAGUAUGACGUUAUGAAAAACAUGGUCAAAAAAAGAAAACGUAUUUUAUUAGCUGCACCAGGAUUUUUUUUUAAUAUAAAAAAAUAUCGGGCUGAAGAGUCGCCACAUCCUCCGUAGUACGUCUAUCAUAAAAGAUGGAAACAAACCACUUAAACGGCUUAUACCGCUUCAACACUUUAUACACUUCGACACUUCUGUAAUAUUAGGAAUUGUUCUUCUGAAAUAUGUAAUAGAAAUAGGCCUACAUUAUAUCAUUAGAUGGUAAUAUACAUUAUUGAGACACUGAAACUGAUAGAUGACAAUAUUAAGGAUGUGACAAUAGCUAGGCAACUCAGUGCGCCUGCGAUCCCUGAGUAGGAAUUAUCUGAUAUGAACCAUGACUGGACAGCGACCUGUGCCGCCGUUGCGCUGUCGCAACGCGCGGGCGGCACUAACAUCACUAUGAGUAUUUCAUGAAAUUUUGAAUAAAUCAUGACUGCUUUCGGACCGACGAUUUCAUUGAAUUCAAAUCAUGCCUCAGUAGAUACAAGGCUUAUACUCCAACGGAAAGUGAUGCAGCGGAUAUAUUUAGGAAGAGAUGGUUUCGGCGAGGCAUUUAGAACGAGGUUGCAGACAACCUCGCAUGAAAACACAAAUUAUUUAUGUUACAUGUUGUAAAUCUAUAUAAUCACAACCGCGACCCCUGAAUCCUGUACAUAUGUUGUAACAGCCUCGGCAACCGAUCGGACUUCUGCAAACUUGUCCUUUAUAUGCCUUUAAAUAAAUAUAGAUAUACAUAUUUCAUAUAUAGCAGUUUAUUGAUGUUGUGUUAUUCAUAAGUGUGUUAAAUGUUUUAUUCAAAGGAAUGCAGAUGGUUGUGACAAGGUUGAAAUUGUUACUAGAAGUUAUGACUGGCGUAGAUAAUUGCAUAUCCAAAAAUAAACCGACAGGAAUGCUGUAGACCAAUAGCUAUGAUAGUCAAACUGUCAACGACUACGUUAAGGCAUUAUUGUUAUCGUUUAGUUAAUCGUUGAGCAAUAAAUUCAUAUCUAAAGCCUUUCCAAACGGUACAUUUCUCAUGAAAUCAGCGUAUUUUCAAUAAUUCAUCGGAUUAAAAACUUUCGAUAUUGGCUUGCUUUGAAAGCUGUAUUUUGUCUUCAAUACGCAAUGCAAUUUAGGCUCGUUAUGACGUACAUAUCUUAUGCGGGUAUUUGUGAGUUAUAUUUAAAAGUUGUUAAUGUGUUCGAAAAGUUUUUUGGUCGAAAUUUUCCAUUUGAAAUUUCGUCUCAUUGUCAAUUUGCUUGGGAGUAGGAAUAGAACGACUUGGCUUGGUUGCCGCACCGGUUGUUUUGUGAUCUCGGAACCUCGAUUUGCCAACUUCAUGGCAAAGCGGCAAACGGCUCACAAAACUGCUUAUGCGUCAACUCGACGGACUUGUUAAUUAUAGUAGAUGUUAAUAGAAUCAAAGAAUAAUUUCGCCAUAUCAUUAAACACAUGUCAUAGCGUUAAACAUUUAAGUAAAGUACAUGUUUAUUCUCUUAGAUUAAAGUAAAUUAGGAAUUAGUAGAUUAAGAUUGAAAUUAUUUAAUUACUAUUUCCACACUAUUGCCUAAUAUAUAAUGUCUCGAUUGGCGAACAGUCAAAUUAGAAAUGGAAUAAUUUUAAACGAAAUGUAAUGAAACAAAAGCUGCCAAAAUUAAACACUAUCGCUCAAUUUCUUUGAAAUUAAAUUUUUAAAUUUAUAUCAGAGUAGAAUAUAAGUACAUUAAUUAAUUGAUGCAUACGCUAUAUAAUAUACCUAAUAAUACAUAGAGGCUUAAAGAGAUUACGCUUUAAAAAUCAUUCAGCCACUUUAUAAAUUCUGUAUUUUACUGCUGGUUCGCAGAGUUCUAUUUGAAUCACUAUCGCUUUUCAUUCAAAAGUAUCAUAGAUAAAAAAACAUAAAUUUUUAGUGCGGCUGUUGAUAAUAAUAGUAUCCCUUGAGUCGGGAGUCUGAGCCCGUAAAUACUUCUGUAUAAAUCAAUAGAGCAAUGUGCGUAUGUAAAGAAUCCCGGAAUAGUUUUGGUUGUCAAUAAUAUUCCCAGUUUCCACAAUAACGCUCGGACACAAGCGCAUUCUCGCACGCGCCUUGUGUCUGUACGGUAAACGUUGUUUCAAUUAUUACGAGAGCUUCGGUAUUUUGAACGACAAUCUUGUUCAAAUCUAAACUUGGAUUGUACUGAAUUUUCAAUAAACUUAUUAUGGACAAUUUAAAAGAUGUUGUAGAUGUGAUAGACGGGACGAAAGCCUUCUACUUAGAAUGUUUACACUAUCGGCCAAAGGUCACCGAGGCUGUUGCAAGUACCGUCUAGUAUGAAUGUGUCAAUCUAUAUUAUGUGUUUAACUGUAGAUAUAUGUGUCUAUAUACUCAACUAGCGCACGGGUCCACUGACUGACGAGAUACAGGAAUAAAAUUAUGAGAAAGAUUGGAUAUAACGAAAAUGUUUAAUUUUAGCGUAUUAAGAAAUUAUUCUUAUCAAUAUGUACGGCGUUAAUGUCGAUUUGAUUUAUUUGCUACGAAUUGUUAUGUUGUUAAGAGAUAACGUUGCGGAAAAUAAAAAGACGGAGGUGCUAUUCUGUUCAAAAUUAUAAACGCUUUCCAAAUUGUAUUAGAAGCAGUUAAGGUAACAUUCGAGCAUCUUGUGGCGUGGGAUCUGGCCGUGACGUAGUUAUACAAUCGGGCCGGAGACGCGCCGAGGGCCAAGUCGGAUUCUGUAAGGCGAGACUGAGCUACAUUCCAAUGUUAUGUAAAUGAAAUGUGACGAAGUUACGGAUUGUGAAUUUCUCAUGUUGGCCAAAAUUGUAUUUACGCCGUGUUUAUAACGCGUAUUAUAAUUUUUGCUCAGUAUUACUAGUUGAUAUGAGGGCGAGAUUGUAAAGUCACGGACCCGCUGCGGAAUGUACAGCUGUUCGUUCCCUUUAUAUACUGGUUCAGAUCGAGCUAUAGAACAAACACUAUAUAGAUUCCAAUGUAUACAAUUAGAACAAUUUGGUGAUACAUGACGUAUAGUGGUUUAGACUGAAAGUUGAAAUAAUGCUAUCUUACUUUUUUCUCAGAUAUCGUUGUGUAAGCGAGUGGCAUUUUUUCAAGAUUCAAUUUAAAUUAUUGUCUUAUUGUAGAGAAAAUUGUAAUAAUAGUCAAAGAUCAAUUUGCGAAAUGGACAAAUUGUUAGUACCACAUAGAGCGAAUUUAUGUAGACAUGGCAUAUAAAGGGAACAAGCAUUAAAUCCAACUUCGUUUUAAAUGGCUCCAAAGAAUCUUGAAAAUUUCUUUCACUUCAAGAUUCUCUUAUAGUAGUUUACAUAUACCUAGAUUUCAGUGAAGGAAUCUUUUUUUUUCUAUCUCGUAGUUAGGGCGAAGUUGGUUACUAUUAAAUGUAUUAAGUCUGAAGAGACAGACUGUAUAUAAUAUGGUCUUUAGUGAACAACUGUAAUCAGUAAAAUUUUAUCUGUAUAUUUGUUUUAAGAUUUAUAGUUAGGUAUCUGCAAACCUUUUAGCGUUGUAUAUCUUGUGGAUAUACGUUUCGCUUGUUUGAUUGUUGUCGUUUGCUUCACGUGUACUCCGGAACUGGGCGGGACGCCGGCGCUGGCGCGGCUUGGCGCGCAUACACAAGUCUCGGGUUUAUUACAUUGACACAACAUUGAUCAUAUCGGUAACGUAGUUCUCAGUACAUCUCAACAAUAGCUGUAGAAAUGACAAACAAAACACAUCCCAAGUUUGUCACUUGCACACAAAUCAAAAUAGUUUGCUUAAGUGCCAUUCAGGUGAAUUUAUGUAAUAAAUAUGAAAGUAAAGAUUAAGGUUGAUGUUUUCUUGCAUGUGUACAAAAAGCCCGCAAUUUGCGUCAAUGCAGUAAACGCACUAAGCAAAAUAUCAAAUUACGUUUAUACACUUGCCCUCUCCGUCCAGGACAAAGCGUGUUCAUUCUAUCACUAAAUUAUAUAAAUAUAUAACCUUAACUUUAUUUCUAAAGUAUGUUCAAAAUAUCUAUAUUAUUUAAAUUUACAAGUAUUUCAGUUCAUCAUAAAAUAGGCUUCACUUUAAGAUAUAUCAUAUAGAACUGGAAUGAACGUUCAAAAGUUUAUCGCUUUUGUUUUUUUUGGUACAAAUUAAAUUGCAUUAAUAAGAGUGGAGUACUAGAUACAUACCUAAUCUCUCAUAAAAUUUAAGGUUUUAUAAUGUUAAGAGCUUUUCUAGUAUACUUAAAAAUGAGAUCUUAUGAGAUAUUCAGAAUUUUUCGCGGUAUAUCAACAUUUCCAUCCAGUAUUAUUAGAUAAAAUAGUUGUAAUAACAAUGCGAUAUCUUGCUCCUUAUAGUACGGUAAUUAAAUAGGUUCAAUUGGCAGUUUGUAUUUCUGAUUCAUAUCUGAAUUCUAUUAAGUCCCGUCGGUGGUCUGAGUUUCAGAGGGGCGUGAAUCGUUGCUAUUCUUUACUAUAGCUACCCUACGACCACAUAAUUCGAUAUAUUAGCAGCUUUGUGGCACAUUACUAAAACUUACCAAUACGAUACAAAAUACAUGUAACUAUUAACCGAUCGUAUUGUCAAUAUGUUUAGAUAAAAUAAUAACAGUAGUUCAUUUAUUCUCAUACACACAAUAUAACAAAAAUAAAGUACAUGUCAAUUUAAAGCUUUCACAAAGCUAACUGUUACUGAAAUACUUCCCAAAUUAAAUUACCAACUCAAAAUAGUUAUGCCUAUAUUUUUGUCGAUAAAGAUUAUUAGUAGGACUAUCAUUGAAUAUCAAUGUGGCCGAGAUGAAAUAGCUGUAUGGAAACAAGAUUAUGAAAUUCAAGUCAUAUUUUCUGGCAUUGGUGCUUCAGUCAUGGGAAUACUCAAGGCCGCUAAUAAAUCUAAUUAUGUAAUAUGUUUUUUGAAAUGUCUCGCGUCUGUGCCAAUACGCUUUACGAACAUUUAUAAUUUCUCACAGUUGUUUUUUUGAUCUAACGAUCAAUUUAAAAUUAAAUCGGCUCUGAAGCGAAAUCUUUAUACAUUUUAUUGAUUACAAUGAAACCUAAACACUCAGAGGUUAUGAGUUAAAGUUUCGGAUUCCACGUGAAGAUACGAUUAUAAAGUACGUGUUUAUUACACUUUUACUAAAGCAUAUUUUUCUUAAUUUUUUAUAAGUGUACACUAUAAUUUAGAACACGUAUUCCAACACAAUGCUACUGCUAAUUGCGGCGUGAGUGUUAUUUGAGUUUGGGCAUUUGGUGUUUUGCCAAUAAUUUAUGGUUGUAACAGCUAAACGGUAAACGAAUGAAGCGAUUUCGGUUGGGCGCCCGCAUUUCUGUCAAUAUAAAUAUAACGCAUGGCCGCAGCACUAACAUUGUGUAAAUAGUAUAAUAACAAACACUGUGACUUUGUUUGUUUCAAUUUCGGCAAACGUGAGUGUUUCUAAAAUCCACCGCUUAUCUUGGUCCCAACGCCCCGCAUUAUAAUUGACAACAUAGUAUUUUAAAGGGCAUGUCAUGUGUAUGUAAAACAUCCUGUUAGAAACAUGGUGUACGAUGAAUCAGUCUACAAUUACAUUGGUAAUGCAAUAACCGUUCAUAAUGAUACUUAUUGUUUUCCCAAAAUACACUAUUACACACGAACGCUUUACAAAUACUAGCCUUAACUAUACGCUAUAAUUUUGAACGAACUUGUAGAUGAAAUUAUGAAUGAUAACAAACAAAUUUAGAUUCAAACAGUGUUAGUUUAUAAACUACUAUCUUAUAUUGAGAUCUUAACCUAGAACUGUUAAUAUAAGUACACACUAAGUGUUAUUAUGAACGGGAUAUAUUGUCUGGGUAUAUACGUACUUUGAUAUGUACAAAAAUAAUUGUUGCAAUAUCAUGACUCCCUAAGAAUAGCGUUACUAUGUUGUCAUUUACACUUUUUUGCUAGGUUCGGUGGCGGCACUUGUAUUCAGGUAUGUGAAUAUGAACAAAUAUUUAAUAUCAACUCUGUAUCGACCUUAAUGUGGAAAAAUGGAUGCUACGAAUGGAUUGUUAACGUAACUUUAUCAGCGAUACAACACCGAUAUUUCGUAAGUUUUAGAUACUUCGUACUACUUGUUUAAUAAAUCGUCUAAUCUUUUUUAUUAUUGUAUUCCCAGAAACCCCUUCAAGGUAUUAUGUAUAUAUAGAUGCAAUGCGAAAUAAAAUACAAAUCACUGAAACAGUUUAUCGGUGUUGUUUUCAUCUGAUGCGAGUUUUGUGACCGUGUUCUUAAGCGCUACUUUAUACGCUCCUUAGUUUUUAAUGAUAACAUAAAACACCUGACAGCUUCGUGAGUGUUGUCUGAGAAUACGGACACACCUAAUAUAACUAAUAUAAUUAGUAUUGUCAUCUCGGAAUGUUGAGAAUCUUGCUGGGAAGCAGUGGCUAAUCUUUUAGACGUUAUGGUCUGUACGAGGUGACGAGUUGAAAUGUUCUCGGUGUGGAUUGAUCUGUAAAUGUCAAUUUGUGUAAUUGUUUUAUGGUACGCGACUUCGCUACCGAACCAUAUCCAUGCUUACCCUCCCGUGUGAUUGAAGCUUUAAGAAUACUUAUGUUUACAGCUACGCCGAGUUUUCUUUAUUCCUUAUACGUUGUAAAUCC